GCAAGUGUAGCCUCCUGUAUUUACUCUCUUCACUUCGUAUCACUGCAUGCAUUUUAAGUCAUUUUAUGAACGAUGGAAUUUCAUCUCGAGAACUCGACAAAUUGGGGAGAUUGUGCGUCAAUGUUUUGACGAUAUUCCAGAUGUGGACAUCUGUAGAAUCGAUGUGCUUUCUUUCACCCAGCAGUUUCCUGCAGAGGAGCUGGAAAUGAUAAGAGCAGCUUUCAUUGUUGCAUUCACUGAUGAGGAGCUGGACUGGGCCAUGGAGCGGCUCAUCAGGUGCAUUGCGUUCCUCACCCUGGACUUCGUCAUGCCUGCUCUGAGGGUGUGCGUGAGGAUGGAACCCUGUCCGAAACCAGUUCCCGCUGCUCCACGGCGCCACCCUGUGCUGCAGGUGCAGCCUGCUCCUGGCAGUGAGGGGGCCCCCGAUGGACUCCAGGCAAGAGGCGACUGGUGGCCGCAGACUGCGGAGAACAGUGAGAGGGCCGUCGAUGGACCCCAAGCAGGAGGAGACUGGUGGCUGGAGAACACGGAGCGCCUCUUGGUAGCCAGCACACCACAUCCUCACUUCCUGGUCGCCAAGAGACAGGGGAAAAACAGACGAACUCGCAUCAGAGUGGAAAAAUGUGUGACUGCUAAGGCAUUGGAGAUAACGUCAGUGUUCCUGGCGAUCGCUCCUGGGAAUGCCAUCUGGGACAGGUUCUUGUACGCCAGUUCUCAGGACUAUUGCAAGUCCCUGAGAACUAACCGUCAUCGGUCUCCGAGAAGAGAAGCCUACCUGGACCUGAUCGAGGGCACAGCAGACCUGCUGAUUGACAUGAGGCGAUGUCAGAGGCAGUCCAGCACAGACGGUGUGGUAUGUGGAUUUGCUGACUUCAGGACGCUGAUCAUGGAGCAUUUCAUUUUAGAGUCCUCCAGAUGCUUACUGGAGAGACUCAUGAAUGCUCCGAGCCACUUACAACUGGAAUACAGCUCCAGAGUAUGGCCAGAAAUGGAGGAGGUGCCAAUCCUUCCACAGGGCUCUGGGCCAGACAGAGAGUUGGUGAUGGCGCUACUCACCAAGGCCAUCUCUGAGAAUGUGGCUGCCUUUCUGGAUGAGGCGGUGGAGAGGAUAAACAGACAGAGAGGCCUCAGCACAUGUGAAGUCCUCGGCUGUGAAAGCUACUCGGCGCCGAAGGGUUUUCACACUCCGCUGGAAAUCUAAAAGAUCUGUUGCUCCUUCUCCAGCACCAGUGGAGGAGAGACCAGUGGAGGAGAGACCUGCUGCCAAAGAGAGGAGCAGGAGGCCAUCACUGAGGUCUCGCAUCGCCUCAGCGUUCUCCGGGCUCCUCUCUUGCUGCAAAGGCCAGGAGUGAAAUCUGCCCAUGUUUCGCUUGGGACAGAAAAUUCAAGGCCCUAGAAGGCCCUAGAACUGCAAAGGGCACAACGCGAUGUCUAGUAGGCUAACUGGUCUACACACCUUCAUGCACACCUGCACAGGGCCCAAAGGUGUGUAGUGACAAAAUAAAAUCUCUUCCAUCAGA